AAAAGCACAAGUACCAUGAGGGGCAAGAGAUGAGUUGUCAAGAGCUCACCAAUGCUGACAGAGAAGUUCUUCUGAAGCUGGGGAGGCUAGCGUUUGAACAUCUGCAGAAAAAAAGCAUCCUGUUCUACCAAGAAGACUUGGAGCAGUGUGGUCUGGAUGUCACAGAGGCCUCUGUGUAUUCAGGAGUUUGUACAGAGAUCCUCAAAAGAGAGUCUGUGAUCUUCCAGAAACCAGUUUACUGCUUUGUUCAUCUGAGUGUUCAGGAGUUUCUGGUUGCUGUCUACAUGUUCCACUGUUACACCAACAGGAAGACAGAGGUGCUGCAGAACUUCCUUACUGAGGACGAUAAAGGAAAUAAGAUAUCUUUGAAAGAUAUCUCAUCUCUGGAAGAUUUUCUGAGCAGAGCCAUGGAAGAAUCCUUGAAAAUUCCGAAUAGCCACCUGGAACUGUUUGUUCGCUUCCUUCAUGGCCUCUCUAUGAAAUCCAACCAGAGACUCUUAGGUCUGCUGGGUCAGACAGAGAGCAGUCCACAAACCAUCCAGAGAGUCAUCAACAACCUGAAGAAGAUUAGCAGUGAAGGCAAGUGUCCUGAAAGAUGCAUAAACAUUCUCUACUCUCUCAGGGAGAUGAAUGACGUCUUAGUACAUCAGGAGAUCCAAGAGUUUCUAAAGUCACAGAACAAGUCAGAGAAGAAACUCUCUGAAAUUGAGUCCACAGCUUUGGCACAUAUGUUGAUGAUGUCAGAGAACGUUAUGGACGAGUUUGAUCUGCAGAAGUACAACACAUCACGGGAGGGACGAUGGAGCCUUCUUCCAGCUGUGGUAAACUGCAGAAAGGCUCGACUUCAUGAUGUUCAUAUCUUUGGGGGUAGCUCUGGAUCUUUGGCCUUAGCUUUGACCUCAGACCCCUCCCAUCUGAGAGAGCUGCACAUGAAAUCAGUGAGACUUGAGGAAGAUGCAGAAGAACUCUUUACUCAUCUGGGGCAUCCAAACUGUAGACUGGAGACACUCAGCUUUGAGGACAGCACUUUGUUAGAGAAGAACUGUUCCGAACUGCUCAGUGCUCUGAAGUCCAACCCCCCCUAUCUGAAACGUCUGGAUCUAAUAGGAUGCAACCUGGAGGGUUCAGGGAUGAAACAGCUGUAUGAUUACCUGGAAAGUCCACACUGUAAACUACAGUUUAAAAGGUAAACCAGCCUAUGAAAUGGAUGAAACCACAUCAUGACUGGGUUCCAACGCUACAUAAGGGGCACUCCGAAAUCCCUGCUUCAAACAUACCACCUUUCCAAUCAGAUUAUUUCUUCCAUGUGAGGGAGAAGUGGUGACCCUUCU